UUUAGUAGAGACGGGGUUUCACCGUUUUAGCCAGGAUGGUCUCAAUCUCCUGACCUUGUGAUCUCGCCUCAGCCUCCCAAAGUGCUGGGAUUACAAGCUUGAGCCACCGUGCCCAGCCUUUUGUUUGUUUGUUUAGACAGAGUCUUGCUCUGUUGCCCAGGCUGGAGUGCAGUGGCAUGAUCUCAGCUCACUGCAACCUCUGCCUUCUGGCUUCAAGAGAUUCUCCUGACUCUGCCUCCCAAGUAGCUGGGACUACAAGCGCCUGCCACCACACCCAGCUAAUUUUUGUAUUUUUAGUAGAGAUGGGUUUCACCAUGUUGGUCAGGCUGGUCUUGAACUCCUAACCUCAAGCAAUCCACCAGCCUUGGCCUCCCAAAGUGCUGGGAUUACAGGCGUGAGCCACUGCGCCCAGCUACAAAAUCUUAAAUCUAAAUAACUCCUCUGUGAGCACAACCUCCUGUUCUUCUCAUUCUCUCAAUUCCUACCAAACUUGUUUUUCCAUUCCAGUGACACCUGCAACUCCUCCUCCUGCCCCUUUGGCCAGUUUCUAGCUUGUCUUCUGUGUCAGCUGCCUUGCUGUAAAGAAAUACCUGAGACUGGGUAAUUUAUAAGAAAAGAGCUUUAAUUGGCUGUGGUUCUGCAGGCUGUACAGGAAGUAUAAUGCUGGCAUCUGCUUCUGGGGAGGCCUCAGGAAGCUUACAAUCAUGGCAGAAGGUAAAGGGGAAGCAAGCAUCUCACGUGGUGGAAGCAGGAGCAAGAGGGCAAAGGGGGAGGUGCUACACACUUUUUAAAAUGACAUCUCAUGAUAACUCACUGCAAGAGGGUGGUGCUAAACAUUCAUCAGCAACCCACCUGCAUGAUCCAGUCACCUCCCACCAGGCCCCACCUCCAACAUUGCAGAUUACAACUGACCAUGAGAUUUGGGUGGGGACACAGAUCCAAACAAUAUAAUCUGUUGCAGGAAGUCAGGGACCCCAAACGGAGGGACUGGCUGAAGCCAUGACAGAAGAACGUGGAUUGUGAAGAUUUCAUGGACAUUUAUUAGUUCCCCAAAUUAAUACUAAUUAAUACAAAUUAAUACCAAUAUAAUACUUUUAUAAUUUCUUAUGCCUGUCUUUACUGCAGUCUCUAAACAUAAACUGUGAAGAUUUCAUGGACACUUAUCACUUCCCCAGUCAAUACCCUUGUGAUUUCCUAUGCCUGUCUUUACUUUAAUCUCUUAAUCCUGUCAUUUUGUAAGCUGAGGAGGAUGUAUGUCGCCUCAGGACCCUGUGAUAAUUGCGUUAACUGCACAAAUUAUAGAGCAUGUGUGUUUAAACAAUAUGAAGUCUGGGCACCUUGAAAAAAGAACAGGAUAACAGCAAUGUUUAGGAAACGAGAGAUAACCUUAAACUCUGACCUCUGGUGAGCUGGGCGGAACAGAACCAUAUUUCUCUUCUUUCAAAAGCAAAUGGGAGAAAUAUUGCUGAAUUCUUUUUCUCAGCAAGGAACAUCCCUGGGAAAGAGAAUACAUGCUUGAGGGUGGGUCUCUGAAAUGGCCCCCUUGGGUGUGGCCAUCUUCUAUGGUCGACACUGUAGGGGUGAAAUAAAUCCCAGUCUCCCAUAGUGCUCCCAGGCUUAUUAGGAAGAGGAAAUUCCCGCCUAAUAAAUUUUGGUCGGCCAGGCACGGUGGCUCACGCUUGUAAUCCCAGCACUUUGGGAGGCGGAGGCGGGCAGAUCAUGAGGUCAGGAGAUCGAGACCAUGGUGAAACCCUGUCUCUACUAAAAAUACAAAAAAAAAAUUAGCCGGGUGUGGUGGCAGUGCCUGUAGUCCCAGCUACUCGGAGAGGCUGAGGCAGGAGAAUGGCGUGAACCCGGGAGGUGGAGCUUGCAGUGAGCCGAGAUCGCACUACUGCACUCCAGCCUGGGUGACAGAGCAAGACUCCGUCUCAAAAAAAAAAAAAAAAAAAAAAAAAAUUUGGUCAGAUCGGUUGCUCUCAAAACCCUGUCUCCUGAUAAGAUGUUAUCAGUGACAAUGGUGCCCGAAACUUCAUUAGCAAUUUUAAUUUCGCCCUGGUCCUGUGGUCCUAUGAUCUUGCCCUGCCUCCAUUUGCCUUGUGAUAUUCUACUACCUUGUGAAGUAUGUGAUCUUUGUGACUCACACCCUAUUCGUACACUCCCUCCCCUUUUGAAAGUCCCUAUUAAAAACUUGCUGGUUUUGCGGCUUGUGGGGCAUUACGGAAUCUACCGACAUGUGAUGUCUCUCCCGGAUGCCCAGCUUUAAAAUUUCUCUCUUUUGUACUCUGUCCCUUUAUUUCUCAAACUGGCCAACGCUUAGGGAAAAUAGAAAAGAACCUACGUGACUAUUGGGGCAGGUUCCCUGAUAAUCUUCCUUACCCAUGCAGCUUAGAUUCCGCAUUCCAUCAUUUCAGCCACAUUCUUGCAUAUGUUCUUGAUGCCCCUCUCCCAUUGUUUCAUUGCAGCUGCCAAGCAAAACCCUAAAUCAUCCAUCAACAUUCAAGUACCUGUAACCAAGAUGCUAAAAGAAUCACAACACUAUAUGUGUCUAUGGACAAGUUGUUUUCCAACCUCAGUUGGGCCCUCAAUGCUGCCCAUUUUCUAAACCAGCUCUUUUCUCCACAUUUCAUCUGUCUUCGCAUCAUUUGACCUCCCUAUAUAGCUUAGUGGGAGAUGCAAGCAAGAGAAGCAAUUACAGACACUAUGUUAGGUGCUGUGACAGACAAAGUAUUGGGCCUGUGGGAGCACCCAGGAAGAAGGAAUAUCUAACUGAAGCUUGAGCAGUCAGUUAAGCCUUCUUUAAAACAGCUCCACUGGGCGCGGUGGCUCACGGCUGUAAUCCCAGCACUUUGGGAGGCUGAGGCAGGCGGAUCACCUGAGGUUGGGAGUUCGAGACCAGCCUGACCAACAUGGAGAAACCCCGUCUCUACUAAAAAAUACAAAAUUAGCCAGGCGUGGUGGUGCAUGCCUGUAAUCCCAGCUACUUGGGAGGCUGAGGCGGGAGAAUGGCUUGAACCCGGGAGAUGGAGGUUGCAGUGAGCCGAGAUCGUACCAUUGCACUCCAGCCUGGGCAACAAGAGCGAAACUCCAUCUCAAAACAAAAACAAAAACAGACUGGGCGCGGUGGCUCACGCCUAUAAUCUCAGCACUUUGGGAGGCCGAGGCAGGCGGAUCACCUGAGGUUGGGAGUUCAAGACCUGCCUGACCAACAUGGAGAAACCCCGUCUCUACUAAAAAUACAAAAUAGCUAGGCGUGGUGGUGCAUGCCUGUAAUCCUAGCUACUAGGGAGGCUGAGGCAGAAGAAUCGCUUGAACCUGGGAGUUGGAGGUUGUAGUGAGCCGAGAUCAUGCCAUUACACUCCAGCCUGGGCAACGAGAGCAAAACUCCGUCUCAAAAAAAAAAAAAACAAAAAACAAAACAGCUCCUAUGCCAAGUUCUCAAGGAAGAUUUGGAGUUUGCCACAAAUACAGAAAAGCAGUUGUGGAUCAUUAUGUGUGUGUUAAAAAAUAAAACUGGGGAGGUAAGCAGGAUCAGACUUAAAGCUGUGUGAAAGAAUUUGGAUGGACUUGAUCCUAAAGAGAAUGGGGAGACAUUGAAUUGUUUCAAAUGUUAAUAAAAUCAGAUUUAUGCUUUGGACUUGGGAUGGACAGACUGGAGGGGAGCAGAAGGCUGGCUGGGGCCAUCUGUUCGAUGAUGGAGGUGUGAACUAAGGGAGUAGCAGUGGGCUCAGAAAGCCAUGAGAAUAUUAUCAAAGAUAAUCAGGAGGUAUAAGGGAUAGGAUUUGGUGAUAGACUGAAUGUAGGGACUGAGGCAGGAGGGUCUGGGAUGACAUUUGAGUGUCUAAAUUAAGGGUGAUUAGUGUACAACUCACAGAAAACUCUGAGAGAAGAAAAUAAGUUCAAUUAUUGAUAUGGUAAGUUUGAGAUGGAUAUGGUAAGUUCCAUGCCUGGGGCAGACAUGGCCAUGUAAUACUGGCUGCUCUAUCUAAACUCCAGAUAUAUGGGAUGGAGAUGAAAUUAGGAGCAGUCAGCAUAAAUGUAGUAUUGACAUCAUGGGUAUGGACAAGAUUAAGGGAGGAUGUGAAGGUUUGAGAAAAUAAAGCUUGUGAUAGAACACUUGGGAUAUGAUUAAGGGAUGGAUGGAGAAAGAUAUAACUUCAGUGAAGGCUGAGGAAUGACCAGGAUAUGGAGGAAAACUAGAGCGUUCUGGCUCAUGGAAGAUAAGGAUGCAUUUCAAGGUUAGAUUUUCCUAGAACAUGUUCAAUACCUUAUAAUUGUAGUAUUUUCACACUCAUAUUUCUCAUGCUGCAUUAUAAGCUCUAGGAUCAUAGUGUCCCUAUUGGCCUCAUUGAACUAAGGGGGCUGCAAUGGGCUCGGAAAGCCUUGAGUGUGUCAUUAAAGAGAUAAGUAGGAGAUAGCAGAGACAGGAUUUGAUGAAAGAUUGUAUGCAGGGAUUGAGGAAGGAGGAAGGGUCUGGCGUGACAUUUGGGUGACAUUUUAUCCAAGUAUUCAGCACACUGUUGGGUACUUAGUAGGUACUCAUAUAUCAGUGAAAGGGCUGAUCUUUAGGAGUUUCACUAGACUGUGGAAGGUGCCUCUGGGAAUGAGUAUGUUUCCAACUGCACUGCAUUCUCAAGUUUUGUGGCCAACGAUGGAUAGGAGGUGGAUUGUGAUGUAUUCGGAACAUGGGACCUUGAGGAGUUCCGUAACCAAAAGGAGAAAGUAACAACAGCCAGUGGAGACAAAAAGAACUGCUUCUCUUUCUUUCCACCUCCAAGUUCCUAGUGGAGGGCUGAGCCCAGCAUCCCAGACUCGUGUGACUAUAUAGGGAAGCAUUUGGAGACCUACUUCACUUUGAUACCCUAGCCUUCGGCAGCUCAAGGUGUUGGCCUUUGGAUAGGAGGCUUCCAAGUAGUAAAGCUCCCUGCUCUCAGCAAGCCCAACACCAUGAGGAAGGGAGAUGUCUUAGAGGCAGCACCAACCACCACAGCCUACCAUUCCCUCAUGGAUGAAUAUGGUUAUGAGGUGGGCAAGGCCAUUGGCCAUGGCUCCUAUGGGACAGUAUAUGAGGCUUUCUAUACAAAGAAGAAGGUCGUGGUGGCAGUCAAGAUCAUCUCAAAGAAGAAGGCCUCUGAUGACUAUCUUAACAAGUUCCUGCCCCGUGAACUAGAGGUAAUGAAAGUCUUGCGGCACAAGUACCUCAUCAACUUCUAUCGGGCCAUUGAGACCACAUCUCGAGUAUACAUCAUUCUGGAGCUGGCUCAGGGUGGUGACAUCCUUGAAUGGAUCCAGCACUACGGGGCCUGCUCUGAGCUCCUUGCUGGCAAGUGGUUCUCCCAGCUGACCCUGGGCAUUGCCUACCUGCACAGCAAGAGCAUCGUGCACCGCCUGAUGCCCAGCCUUUCUGCUUCUGGUAGGGACUUAAAGUUGGAGAACCUGUUGCUGGACAAGUGGAAGAAUGUGAAGAUAUCAGACUUUAGCUUCGCCAAGAUGGCGCCUUCUAACCAGCCUGUGGGUCGUAGCCCUUCUUACCGCCAAGUGAACUGCUUUUCCCACCUCAGCCAGACUUACUGUGGCAGCUUUGCUUAUGCUUGCCCGGAGAUCUUACGAGGCUUGCCCUACAACCCUUUCCUGUCUGACACCUGGAGCAUGGGCGUCAUCCUUUACACUCUAGUGGUCGCCCAUCUGCCCUUUGAUGACACCAAUUUCAAAAAGCUGCUGAGAGAGACUCAGAAGGAGGUCACUUUCCCAGCUAACCAUACCAUCUCCCAGGAGUGCAAGAACUUGAUCCUCCAGAUGCUACGCCAAGCCACUAAGCGUGCCACCAUUCUGGACAUCAUCAAGGAUCCCUGGGUUCUCAAGUUCCAGCCUGAGCAACCCACCCAUGAGAUCAGGCUGCUUGAGGCCAUGUGCCAGCUCCACACCACCACUAAACAGCACUAAUCCUUGGAAAUUACGACCUGAAAAUGGCUGAAGGAGGGGGCUAAGAGAGGAGCAAAGCAGGAGGUCUUGGGCUAAAAAUCCUUUAUACCAAAAAUAAAUCUAAGUCUGAUUUAGUUUCAUCAACUAGGGCCAAAGACAUUCUUUUCUCAAGGCAAUCUUAUAGCAGGGAACACUGCUGGGAUAAGAGAUUUCUGCCCAGAGCCUGUAACCAAUAAUCUUGACACUGUGUUAAAUCAAUAGUGUAAUUCAUGAUGUGGCUCUUAGGGGAUGGGGUGCUCAGAUUAACACUCUAUUUUGGGAAGCUUUAUUAUUCAACUCAAUAUAUGCUCAUUAUUUUA